UAGUCUAACUUGGAUGUGGCUUACCCGUUCACAAUGGCUCAUAUCAGAGAUUUCGAACACUACUGGAAAGACCUCUACGACACACUCGCUUCUUCCGGCUACAAAUUGCGUCCCAAAUUUGGGCCCAACUACGUCCAGCCUCUUACUGCUCCAGAGACGAUAUUCGGGGACGAAAACAAGCGACUACACCAUAGAAGAGAGAUUAUGGAUGCAGAACGAAUGAAGGAUGGGAAACAAGUCAUUCUCAAGUCUGUGUUGAGAUCGGUGCACAAGACAGAGGUGGAUAUCGGGACCCUCUUCUCGAGUUGCUCGUUGGCUGAGGAUCCUCGUAACCACUGCAUCCCCAUUCUCGAUGUCCUUCGUGACCCAUGGGACAGCAAGAAGGAGAUUAUCGUCAUGCCCCGGAUGGUGUCUGCGUUUGAGUUUGUGACCUUCGAAACGGUAGGAGAGGUUGUUGACUGCUUCAGGCAGAUACUCGAAGGUGUGAAAUUUAUGCACGAGAACUUUGUCGCUCACCGGGAUUGUGUUUUUCUGAACUUUGUCGUGGAUCCCACGAGGCUUUUCCCCCGAGGGACACAUCCAGUGCGCACAAUCAUGAAUCCAGAGUAUACCAGAUUGUCCAGGGCCGUGUCCCGAACGAGCUGCUGGCCUCGAUAUUACAUCAUCGACUUCGGAUGGUCUGUGCGAUACAAUCCAAAGGGCGGCCUCGUGUCUGAAACUGUCGUCUUUGGCGGAGAUCGAAGUCCGCCAGAGCACCAGAUAUACGGACGGCCGUGCAAUCCAUUCCCCACUGACGUGUACACCAUCGGAAAUAUCCUGAGGACCCGGUUUCUAAUGUCUGAGUGGGGCGAGUACUCGCAUGCUCCCCUGCGGUUCUUGCAACCACUUCUCGAGAAGAUGACGCAAGACGAGCCAUCCGCAAGACCCACCAUCGGCGAAGCCCUCGCUCAGUUCGAUUUCCUGUGUGCGCGACUGACCAAAUCUCAGCUUCGCGCACCAGGUGCUCCACCCGAGGAUCCGCUUUCCAACUGCGUACAUUCCAUCUUCCAGUUCAAGAACUGGAUCACGUUUGUCAAGCCACUUUCUCCCAAUUUGACUGCCUUGUAUGCCAAGCUUCGCAAAACGACCCGACAGCCUCCUACUGACCCGUGGCCGGCGAAUGCCGAGCUGAGGGCUUUUUACACGCAGACUCGUCCUCCGUAGAUUCAGGAUCCGCGUUUGAUGAUUGAUCCAUCCAUUCACUUCAUAUUUGCUUUCUGCCGAGAGCCAGUUCACUCAUACGCAGUCCUACUCCAAAUAUUAUCAUAUAUGCAAAAUAAUGUACAAGUGACUUCCAGCGCGCAGGUAGUACUACAAAAAAUAUGAGAACUAGCUUCUCACUGCGGUCGGCGGGGAGGCAACGGCGGGCCCGGAUUCGCGACCCCCACCGGCUGGUCGUCCGCGGACGACAAGGUCGACCGGCGAGAAGACGGGGAGGUCGACGGCAGGGGAAAGCCGUUCCCAACCAACUCUCUUGACGCGCGCUUGUCCUUGUCCUUGUCCGCGAUUGUCUGCAACGCUUCUGAUGCCGACGGCUGGGCAGUCUCCGCAUUAGACAGUUGCGGAGCGUCCGCUUCAGGACGGAGUACAUUCGACACGGAAGUCGUCCGUCGUGAGCGAGGGGGUAAGGGCGGCGGUGUCGGUCGAGGAGCCAAAGCCGCCGCCGCUUCUUCAGAUGCAGAGGGCGGAUCCGAAGCGGGGUUCUUCCACAGCCGAUAAACGCUUGAGAUGGCUGGGGUCCGCACACGCGUGUCGGGCGUCGGAGGCGUAGGAUCGGGUGCGACGUACCCCAUGGACAUGACUUGACCCCGGUGACUGGCGUGAAUACCCGGUAUGGUCAUCAUCAUGGCCUGCGGCUGGACGAAUAUGGGCGACGGAGUGCCUGUCUCUGCCGAUGGAAGCUCCAGAGUCGAAAGCCGUGACGGGGAAGGCGAAGGCUUUUUCGCAGUGCCUUCGUCUGUUGCAGCCCUCGCUAUGGAGUUGGUCGACACAGUCUCGGUUCCGUUCGGUUGGAGAGUAGCUGCGCGAUCCCGUGGUUCCGGUAUUGAAGGCACGGGACUUGGAUCUCUCCCUCUACCACGGCGCUCAGCCACAGCAGCCCUGACCUCGGCAUAGCUCUGUCGUGCCUUGUGAGAAACCAUAUUGCUCAUAUCUGUUCUUGACCGCGAGCCAAACAAGCCAUGGUCAGGCAUCUCUUCAUGCUCAGGGCGAUUGUCCUUGUCCUUCAUCAAUCCACUCCAGUUAGCACUCCACUUGCGGAUGGUUUCCUUGGCCGUAUUACUGAUGGCCUGCUUGUCACGCGACUUGAGGGUCGAAAGCAACGAUGAAGACAUCGGACUUGAGCCACUGGCCACAGACGCAGAAGACGAAUCAGUGAACUCGUCAACGGAAUUCGACUUUGAAUGGCCGCGGAUGGGCUGUGAUGGAGGCCGAAGGUGCGGCUCUUCCCCGGAGUCCACACUCGCAGUUGAGUCUGAUGGAGCAUUGGGCGUCGACCUGGAUCGCUGCGUCUGGCUUUUGUCCACUUCCACCGAACGCCCUCGAGUGACAUCAUCAACCUCUUCCACGUUCGGCAUUCCCUCGCUCCGUGUGGUGGAGAACCAGCUCUUCCGUUUAGUUGGCCGGGAGGAAGACACUUCAGUCAAGGAAUGCGUCUCAGCCGUAUCCGGUGGUGUAGCAAUGGGUUCAUGAGUAAGUUCCGCCGCCGACUGGGUCUCGCGCAGACCGACUUCAGGACCAGAAGUCGUAGAGCCGUCUUCGUCAUCCGGUUGUUCGGACAUGGAUGACGCGGGUUUGUCCCGGCGCGCCGCAUCUGCCCAAAUGCCUCCUCUGUGGGAAUAAGGCAAACUGUCGAAGAACGCGACAUCAUCCAUGUUAGGCAUCACGACCGAUUCUUGGAUCUACAUGGGUGAGUGAAUAUAUAGUAAAUCAAACAGAAAUGAGCUACGCACGACAGACUUGAUACUGGAUUCCAGCGUGCUUGUAAUCAUGCUCCAAGUGAUCUGGCGGUCGCUGACAAUGGGUUCCACCUCCAAAACCAUCCGCGGCGUCUGCGUGAAAGCAUACCAAAUCCGAUUGCUCGGCGGACGCUUGACUUUAACCAACAAAUUGCCCUCAAUUUCUUUGAGCACUACCGCCAGGACCAGUUUGACCGUGUAAGGCUUGAACCGAGAGCCGAGAUUGAUCGUCGCAGUGGCCUCGACGGUGAUGCGGAAUUCGCCUUUGUGUAGUACAUGGACCUCGAGCGAAGCAUCGCCCUCCUUGGUUAGCUCUUUGAGCAUCGGCUUGCUGAACGUCGGGGCCUUGUUGCCGACCGACACCUCCGUCACCACGAUAUCAGUAAGAAAUUCCUCCAGAUUUUGUGUCCUAUAGUGACUGAAAAGCACCCGCCCGAGAAGCGCGUUGAACCAUCGCAUGGGAAUGACAUCAGGCUGUUCGUCGAGCGUAUUCACUAGAUGGUUCAUAUCCGCAACCUGGAACACCGGUUGCAGAGGUGCCAGCAAGGGCGUCUGAGGCGGAUGGUCGGAUGCGUGGACGAGCGCCAGAUACCAAUCCUCCAUGAGCACGUUGUCCCGAACGAAGAUAAACCAUGGAGUGGCCGCGUCCAAAGCCUCCUCCCGCGCCGCAUCCUUGGCUUUAUUCUCCUCCUCCAAAACAUCACGUUCCUUCUCAGCCUUUCGAGGCCCAAGAUCCGCCUCUGCGAUCUUGCCCUCCACAUCGAUCCCCUCCAGCUGCAUCUCCUUGGUAACACUGGGCAUCCCGCUCUUCUCCGCGCCCUGCCCCUUGGGCCGCAAACAGAUCGCAUUCCGCUUCGCAAACAACUCCCCAUCCAGGAGCCCCUCCGGCGAGAUAGUGACUUCAUGGCUCCCCAACUCGAUCGCGGCCUCGCACUCCGUCAUCGCCUCGUCUUCGUACAGGUACAGUAUCUUGCCCUUGAGCACGACGUACCACAUGUCCUUGGGGCGCGACUUCUUCGGGUCCUUCGAGCGCGCAUCCAGGAGCGAGCGCACCAGCGUGACGUAGCUCCCGUCCAGCGAGGACUCCUCGAACGUGCGUCGCAUGGUCAGCCACCCCUUGCGUGUCUUGGGCAUGUCAUUGGUAUCGAGCGCAGCGGCUGAGGCAGCGGCAGCGGUGGGAUCCGGGUCCUCCUCCCGGACCCUCUGAGCGAGCUCUCCACGGAGCUUCUUGCGUGCAUCAAGGUCGCCUACGGGGACGGCGGUGUAGAUGGAGUAAUAGACGACGCCAGCGAUGACGAGGGGUAGAAAUGUGAAGCCGCCGAGGAUGUACGCGUAGAAGAGGGAUUGGAGACUCAUCCAAUGGGUGCAAGAGUCUGUGCUUUGUGGCCUCUGUUGUUGGUGCCAAGUGACGUCCACGUCCACGUCGAGCUUGGGUCGAUCAAAUCUCGACCACGUGUUCUGCACGCCACAUGCGCGGCUCAGGAUCACACCAGCACGGUUGCCCACUGACCUCUAGGCCGGCAGUGCAUAAUUAAUUGCCUCUUGAAACUUUCGAUUUCCGUCAUUUCAUGUAGAAAUACAGAGUGGUAGGAUGUAUCAGUACUUUUGAGUGACAAUGCCCGUGGUCCGUGAUAAUAAUGUACACCUUUUCACGUGAAGGCUCGACUCGGUGGUAGACCAUCUGUGGAAUGCGGGACAUCUCUGUCCCCCCCUCGGCGGGUCGGCGCCUCUAGAUAGAGCAGCAAUCUGAGGCCCUUCCAAGGAAAUUGACAAUCUCUGAAGAUAGGAUGACUACCGCUUGAUAGCUGUCCGCAAUUUUCUUGCCCGCCUGUUCUUCAAUGUGCGCGGCCGCGGCUCCUUCAGCAGAGCCGCUUGCCAGUGGCCGUUUUUGUACACCCAGUGAUUGACAACGCGCGAAGGAGUGAAUCGUGUCGUAGCCAUGGGCGGAAACGCGUGAUUGAAGGAUGGAGCCGAGGGCACAGUGAGCUGGUUGUGGAACGCGCUGUCUUGAUACGGAACUUGGCAGAGCGAGUCAGGGCGCGGGUCGGAGCAUGUGGUGAUAACAAUUGUAGGGAUGGAGGGGUCAGGAUUUGUG